UUAGUAUUCACAUUUCAAUUCAGCUACAAUUAUGAUAUUUAAUCAAUCCUUAUUACAUGGUAAUGUUAGACUCCUACAAGACCCACCCCUAAAGCUGGUAAAGGGAUUUCAAGACGCAUCGAGUCGGUUGCAUCUCAAAAAGAGGUUCCCGGUCGAAAGUUGAAAAGCGAUGGUAAGGAUAUUCCAACGAAGGAUAUUCCAACGACGGCCGGGACAAAAUCUCAAAUUAUGAUGCGUCUUGAGAAAAUGGUGGAAGAGUCCGAUAUUAUGGACGGGUCCAUUCGUAGUAUAGAUUUUGAUGAAGGUGUUUUCGGAAAAGCUCAUUUCGAAAUAAUUGCAAAGGAGGACAUGCAACAACUUUUUGAGCACGACGAAUUGGGCAUCGCUAUCAUUCAUACAUACAUAUGGUAUAUGUAUGACAAAUUGAUGCGGGGAACUGAAUUGUGUAACCGUUUCAAUUUUAUUGCUGCUUCCCGUGUCAACGCAACGUUAAUAUCGAAAAAUCCAACAUCCGUAAAGAAUGAUCUAGUCGAUAGAUUCAUGGCGGCCGGCGAUAAUACUACACGCAGUUUGUAUUUUUUACCGUUUAAUUCUGGCAACGGGUUAGAUUUUCUUUCUAAUAAUUUCAUUCUAAUCUAUGUAUAUCUUUUACGUAGAAAAUUUUCAUUCAUCUAAAUUUUUGUUUUAUUUUACAGUGGUCACUGGGUGUUGGUUG